GUGGAUCACAUCUCUGUUUUCAGGUUCACUUGUGCAUGUCAAGAGGAGAAACGUUUCCAAAUCUUUACGGGCAACUUGACGUGACGGGAUUGGCCUUUCAUAUAUUUGAUGCUCCAUCAUCAUUUUCUGACAUUGCAGCAAAUUUAAGUUUCCGCGGUCAAUGAAUAUUUGUACAUGAUGCAAGUGGUCGGUUUGGUAGUGUUCCUUUGGAAGCAUCAGGAGAUUUUGGCAUUCAUCCCGAGGAAGGAGAAUUCCAUCUAAUGUGCCAGGUUCCAUGUGUUGAAGUAAAUGCCCUGAUGAAAACUUUCAAGAUGAAGCCUUUAUUGUUCCUGUUGGCCGGUUCGGUAACUGCUGUAUUCAACUGUCAAGGCCCACUGGAUGCUCCUAUAUUUGUGGGAAGUGGAAUGGUUUCUAGGAAGAUAUCUCAUUCAGUGUCUGAUUUUCCUGCAUCCUCUGCCUAUGAAGUAAUGUUGAAAAGCAAAGAAGCUGGUGCAGUGGCAGCUUUUGACCGUGUUCCAUUUUCAUAUUUAUCGGCCAAUUUCACUUUUAACACUGAUAAUUGUGUUGCUGACUUGUAUGGAAUUAGAGCUAGCCUCAUGGAUGGAGGUGAAAUUCGAGGGGCAGGGAAUGCAUGGAUUUGCCCAGAGGGUGAGGUGGAUGAUGCAGCAAUAGAUGUGAAUUUCUCUGGAAAUAUGUCUUUCGAUAAUAUCAUGCACCGUUAUAUACCUGGGUAUCUUCAUCUGAUGCCACUCAAAUUCGGGGAUUUAAAUGGAGAAACGAAAUUGUCUGGAUCUCCUUUGAGGCCGAGGUUUGACAUUAAAUGGGUUGCUCCAACGGCUGAAGGUUCCUUCAGUGAUGCUCGAGGACAUAUCAUAAUUUCACAUAACUACAUCAAAGUUGAUUCUUCAUCUGUUGCUUUUGACUUGUUCACGAAUAUUCAGACAUCCUAUCUUGAUGAAUACUGGCUCAACAGAAAAGAGUUUCAUGCAAAUAGUGUCAUGCCAUUUAGUAUUGAUGGGGUUGAGUUAGAUUUACGCAUGCGUGGUUUUGAGUUUUUUAGUUUACUAUCUUCUUAUAAUUUUGACUGUCCAAGACCCAUGCAUUUGAAAGCAACCGGAAAGAUUAAGUUUCAGGGAAAGGUUUUCAAGUCUAGUAGUAUUACAAAUAUGCAACCUGUGGAAAUGCAAGAUAAUGGAAAAACAGAUAGUCUUGUUGGUGACAUUUUAAUUUCUGGUCUCAAGCUGAAUCAGCUGAUUCUAGCACCUCAGCUGGCGGGACAGUUGGGCAUGUCACGCGGGUGUAUCAAGUUGGAUGCCUCAGGUAGGCCAGAUGAAAGCCUUGCAGUGGAGGUUGUAGGGCCACUGCAGCGUGGUAGUGAAAAUAAUUCCCAAAAUGGAAAAUUACUGUCUUUUUCCCUUCAAAAAGGACAACUACGAGCCAAUGUUUAUUUCCAACCACUUCAUUCUGCUAACUUGGAGGUACGGAAUCUGCCACUUGAUGAAUUGGAGUUGGUGUCACUACGGGGAACAAUUCAAAGAGCAGAAAUUCAGCUUAAUCUUCAGAAAAGAAGAGGUCAUGGUGUAUUAUCUGUGCUUCGGCCAAAAUUCAGUGGUGUGCUAGGAGAAGCCCUAGAUGUGGCUGCUAGAUGGAGUGGGGAUGUUUAUGAAUGACCUGUCUAAUGUUGCACUGGUUGAUUAGAUCACUGUUGAGAAACUGUUCUGGAACUAAGUAACAGCCGUUACGAGCUUCAAGGUGAAUAUGUUUUGCCUGGUACCCGAGACCGUACCCCUGCUGGCAAGGAAGGGGGUGGCUUGCUGAAAAGGGCAAUGGCCGGGCAUCUGGGUAGUGUCAUAUCUUCUAUGGGAAGAUGGAGAAUGAGACUCGAAGUCCCUACUGCUGAGGUUGCUGAGGUGCUUCCACUUGCCAGACUUCUUUCUCGAAUCACGGAUCCUGCUGUUCGUUCCAGAUCGAAGGACCUUUUUAUUCAGAGUUUGCAGUCAGUGGGAUUAUAUGCUGAAAAUCUUCAAGGACUGCUUGAGGUUAUGCGGGGGCAUUACACUUCCAAUGAAGUUAUUCUUGAAGAUGUAAGUCUUCCAGGUUUGGCUGAACUUAAGGGUCGCUGGCAUGGGUCUCUUGAUGCAAGUGGUGGAGGCAAUGGAGACACAAUGGUAGAUAUCUUUAUAUGCUUGUUCAAAU